UAAAAGUCUAAGAGCGUUGGCGCUGAGUGAUUUCUUCGUCUUUGAACAAAGACGUGUGGCCGCGUCACGCGUUUAAAAGAGCUAGCGCGCUGAGGAUGUUGAGGAGAGCAUUAGGUGGAAUCUGGUGACCGAGUCCGAGGUGUAAGCUAAAGUUAAAUAAAAUGAUAGCCUUUUUCUAAAACAGUAUACAGAAAUGCAGUGGAAACGAAAUUCGAUGGAUUUGUUUGCGAACGGGGCCGGAAAGAAGGGCCGGCGGGUGGGCACCCCCCACACUGGAAGCCGGGGGCCGCGCGGUGGAAUGGUGUUCCUGUUGCGCCGCCAUGCGUCCGCGCGGCCGGGCGCAGGAACGCACUGCGGCGCCACAUUCACCGACCGCCAGCCGGGCGGCGUUGUUGCUUUGCUGAUGUCGCGGGCGGCGUCGGAUCGUCAUCGCCCGCAGAAAACGUCGCGGCAUCAAAAGCAGUCGCCCGGAUGUUGGUCGAGCGAUCGAACGCGCGGCGCGGCGCCUGGCCGCGCGCGGUUGGUUGCUCUAUCGGGCAACCCGGCGGGCCCUUGGCGCCAGCCAGGCCCACCACGGAAGCAGCCGGCGCCGGUGCUUCCCCCGUCGCCUGCGCGCGCCCCCUUUCCCCAGGAGGGUACUGCGCGCCGGCCUACCAGCCUGCGCCCCCGGCGGGUCGGUGCGUAUGUUUUGACUGCCCGCCCCAUUUGGUGGGUGUUGUUACGAAGAAUUACGCAGGCCGGCAUGGCGGCCGGCCUCCCUGGACGCCGACGGGCCUUGUUGGCUCGGUCGGGCCGCAACAUAGCAGGCGCCGCACCAGUUGCGCCUUUAUUUUGCUAG